CCUCCUCUGAGCCCUCAGCCUAGACUCAUACACCGUACCUUCAUCUGAAGUUGUCACCAGAGACUUUUGCUCCCAGGAUGGCAGACAGUCUCCCCACAGAGUUUGAUGUAGUUAUACUAGGAACAGGUUUGCCUGAAUCCAUCCUGGCAGCAGCAUGUUCAAGAAGUGGCCAGAGGGUUCUGCAUCUUGAUUCGAGAAGUUACUAUGGAGGAAACUGGGCUAGUUUCAGCUUUUCAGGAUUGCUCUCCUGGUUGAGGGAAUAUCAGCAAAACAGCGACACUGGGGAAGAAAGUACUGCUGCAUGGCAAGACCUGAUCCAGGACACAGAAGAAGCCAUCACUCUUCGCAGAAAGGAUAACACCAUUCAACACACAGAAGUUUUUUGCUAUACCAGUCAGGAUGUGGAUGAUGGCAUUGAAGAGACUGAUGAUCUGCAAAAAAAUCCUUCCUCAGUGACAUCUACCACCCUCACUCAACGUCUGGAUUCUACAUACUUGUCUGAAGAAACACACACAUUAAAUGUCACAAGUUAUGAAAUGCCUGCCAAAGACACUCCAAAAUGUGACAGAAAGAUUUCGCCGGAAGUAACUGGUGUAGAGGACACCAUGGCAAAAGAGAAGUAUUGUGGAGAUAACACUGGUCUAUACACAGUGUCAGACAGAGAGAAAGAUGAAAAAAAGCCUAUAAUAGAAAACAACAUGGAUCAACCACAGAGAAAUAGGAUUACUUACUCUCAAAUAGUUAAAGAAGGCAGGAGGUUUAAUAUUGAUUUGGUAUCAAAGCUGCUGUAUUCUCAAGGAUUGCUAAUUGAUCUUUUAAUUAAAUCAAAUGUUAGUCGUUACACAGAAUUUAAAAAUGUCACCAGGAUUCUUGCAUUUCGAGAAGGAAGAAUGGAACAGGUACCUUGCUCCAGAGCAGAUGUCUUUAAUAGCAAAGAACUCACUAUGGUUGAAAAGAGGGUGUUAAUGAAAUUUCUUACAUUUUGUUUAGACUAUGAACGAUAUCCAGAUGAAUACCAAGCUUUCAUGCAAUGCUCAUUUUCAGAGUACUUAAAAACUAAAAAAUUAACCCCCAACCUUCAACAUUUUGUACUACACUCAAUCGCAAUGACAGAGUCAUCUUGCACUACAAUCGAUGGACUCAAAGCAACAAAAAACUUCCUUCAGUGUCUUGGACGAUUUGGCAACACUCCCUUUUUAUUUCCCUUGUAUGGCCAAGGGGAAAUUCUCCAGGGUUUCUGCAGGAUGUGCGCAGUUCUGGGUGGAAUCUAUUGCCUUCGCCAUAAAGUACAGUGCCUUGUAGUUGACAAAGAAUCAGGAAGAUGUAAAGCCAUUAUAGAUCACCUUGGUCAAAGAAUAAACGCCAAGUAUUUCAUUGUGGAGGACAGUUACCUUUCUGAGGAAACAUGCUCAAAUGUGCAGUAUAAGCACAUCUCCAGGGCCGUGCUCAUCACAGAUCAGUCUGUACUAAAGGCAGAUUCAGAUCAGCAGAUUUCCGUUUUGGUAGUGCCUCCCAUGGCACCAGGAACAUGUGCUGUUCGGGUCACUGAAUUAUGUUCUUCAACCAUGACAUGCAUGAAAGACACUUAUAUGGUACAUCUGACAUGCUCAUCUUCUAAAACAGCAAGAGAAGACUUAGAAUCAGUGGUGAAGAAAUUAUUCACCCCAUAUGCUGAAACAGAAAUAGACAAGGAAGAACUUAGAAAGCCAAGGGUCUUAUGGGCUCUGUACUUUAAUAUGAGGGACUCAUCGGCCAUCAGCAGAAGCUCAUAUGAUGGUUUGCCUUCCAAUGUUUAUGUCUGCUCUGGGCCUGACUGUGGGCUGGGAAGUGGGCAUGCAGUGAAGCAAGCUGAAGCAAUCUUCCAGGAGAUCUUUCCAAACGAAGAAUUCUGGCCCCCACCGCCUAAUCCGGAGGACCUCAUCUUUGAUGCUGAUGAUAAGCAACCAGAGGCUCCUGGAACCAAUAUUAUAAUACCAGACAGACUAGAAUCUUAAUGAGGGAAGAAAACAUUUAGAAAGCCCCAGGAAGCACCUUCAAAAUUAGAAGAAAAGCAAACUGGAAAUACUGCUUUGGGUCUUCAUCCUGGCAUCAGAAUAUUCUCAUCGAAAGGACAGUUUCCUGUAUGAGUUACAACAACUGGUCGUAUAAUGAAUGCUAUGCAGAUGUUAUCUUUAAUUCUGUUUGAGACAUUCGGUCUUUGUCUUAGUUAAUCUAUCAGUAACUGAUUUAUAGGUUAUUGGACAUUUUUUGUUUCAGAAUGGACUUCAUGAUCCAAGAUCUUAAACAAGCUUAGCUUUAAUUGAGUGGUGGAUAUAUAUAUAUAUAUAUAUAUAUAUAUGACGGUUCCAUAUUAUCAACUGUGCCUAAAGGAAGUUAAUAUUGUAUCUGCUAAUGAUCAUCAGAUUUUAUUAUUGUCCACAAUAACAAGUAAUAAUAUCUAAGGAAUAUUUUAAUUACUUUUGGAGCUAUUACAAUUGCUACCGCCUCUAAAUAGUGAAACACACACAUACAGAAUAAAUUAUGUGGGUCUCUUGUAUGUAAUAGAAACAUACAGAUGUGGUGGCCAUAUGUAAUGUCACAGUGGCAAUCGCAUCUAAUGUAAGUUUCAAGUAUGAUAAAAUACCUUUGUCUGUAAUUGUUCAGAGAUUGACUUUGCAUGAUCCUUUAUUUGUGAAGGUCUGAUCUUUGCAAUACGUCUUGCAGUUUGAUCCUCCUGCUUGACCCUUGUAACCUGUGAGGCAGUGACACCACCACCACCUACAUUACCAAGCAUCAGAGAUUUCAGUUAGUGGUUGAAGAGCUCCUUCUUGUGAGGUUCAUUCCAAAGAAAAUCUAGGAGAUAAGAUUAGUUCUGGUUUAAUACUUAAGAAAACUUCUGCACAGCCUUGCUCUGGCACCUGAAAUAACUCAACUUACAACAAUUAACUCAAGUCAAAAGGAAAAAUUAAUUUCCCCAAGAAAGAAUCUUUCAGAAUGGCCAUUCUGAAAUCCCUAAGGAGACACUGGGCGAGGCAGUUUUAACCUGGGAUUAAAUAGGUUUCCCAGGGUUUCUCAGUGAGUGUGACAUGUACCACCUGGUGGGCUCUAUCCACCAUUCCUGAUAGGAGUGAGUCAAAGAAUUCACCACGUCCCUUCAUCUGUGGCUGCCUUGCAAAGAGGGAGGUCGCUGCCUUCACAAUCGCUUCUGCCUCUUGACUAUUAACUGGAGGAGAGAAACAUUUUCUUUUCCUAGAACUAGAAGUCAUUAAAAAAAAAAAGUUGUCCUCUAGUGGUGAGAACCAGUGGAGCUGUCAGAAGAGGUGAACUUACUUCCUUCGAGUCCCCAUUUUCAUUCCUCAGAGGCAGAAGGAUGAUCCUUUAGGAAGAGGGCCCUUGAUGGCAGUUUUUGUUCUCGAACAGCCUUUACAAUGUGCUUUCACAUUGCAGCUUCUCAGCAACCCUGUGAGGCAGAUAUUAUUAAGUAUAGUUUCAAAGAGGGAAUAAAGACUUCAUCCUUGAUAAUCUGCUCAGAGUCUGGUAUGUGGAGGAGCCAGCAUAGGAAGCCAGGCCAUCAGGAUUUCAGAAUCUUUCCACAAACAGUAACUGUUGGAAGAGCUCAGGCGCCGUAGGUGAGGGAAAACAUGCUCACGGAAGUCAGUCCCACAGAGCUGGCAGGGCCAAGUAGACGGACGCUGGCCUCUCAGCAUUACUGAACGGCAGAGAUGCGAAGAUCAGCAUUGAUUAAAAAUAACUAUCCUUUAGAGAUAUGGAGCUCAUUGAAGUAAAUUUAGCUAAGUUUUAAAAAGAUAAUGCUUUUUAACAAGUAUCUUUUGAUCUGAACAUCAUGUUAUAAAAAAUACAGAGGUUGCUAGACCAAAAUAUGCUCUCAAUAGUCUUUUUUUUUGCUUUUUAAUAUACUUGGAAAAUGAAACAAAGAAGUAAUGUAUAGCUCACUGAAGGUAGAGAACUCACGAAUUGGUAUUAAUAUUUAUGUACUUCUUAAAUACAGUAAAAAAAAAGUUUUCAUUGGGUAGGUCCUAAAGUUUAAACCUAUCAAAACAAUUUCACCAUCUAUAAAAUAGACUACUUUGAAGAAUUAUUGUGAGGAUUAGAUCUUAUAACGUAUAUUAACUCAUUUCCAAAGGAAUCCCAAGAGGUGAUAGUGUGUAAGACUUAAACACUUCCACUUAACAUCCCAACUGAUGUUUUAUUGGACAGAAUUGUGGUAAAUUAUUUGGGAAAAUAAGUAAGCACAGAUAGAUAGUUCUUUUAACUUUGGGGAAGAAAUUGGAAAUCUUGCCCUUCAAAUCCUUAAAACAUGCUGUUAAGUAACUUUUCUAAAUAUACUAUAGUGCUGAAUAGAAAGUUUAAGACUAAAACCCAAAGAAAGCAAGAAAUAUAUAAUAAUCAUUAGAAAGUUAUUGGAAAGACGAUUGGAAAUUAUUGGAAAGACUAGCUGGAUGUCAGUAUGAAAAAAGAAAUUAGGUAUGUUUCAUAUGUGAUAAGACAGUUCAUUCGAGAUGAAUUAAAAUGUUAUAAAGGUAAAAAUUAAAAGACUACAGUUGUCAUCUCUAUCAUGGUGUUGUCCGGUGGCCUGUGCCAAGGGAGGACUCACCUGGGCACUGCAGUGAGACCUCUCCUUAGAGACUGCCGCAUUUGGGUUCCUGACUCUGAUCAAGAAAUAAUUCAUGCCUAAGUGAAGCAGGUGCAAGCAAAGGGUAGUUUAUAAAGUGAAAGUACACACUCAAGGAGGAAGUCAGUGUGUGAGCAUGCUGGAGUUCGGGUUGGGUGGUCUUACAGCUGGAGUGUGAGCAAGGGAUGGUAUUUUCUGCAGGUGGGAGGAUUAAGGGCUACACCCUCUUUAUGCCCCGACAUAGUCAGCCUAGAACUUUCAUGGCGCCAUGGGGUGUGAUGUUUAAUAUGUUAAUGAGCACAGAAUGUACUUGGGGUAACUGUGGGUUACCUUUCUUCUGCAUCUGGAAUCUAGCUGGUUUGCUUUUGCUUAAGUUGUUUUGCCAUCAGCUGUCUACCUAGUGUCUUACUGGUUUGUUUUCCCUUACCCUGUUUUACUAGCCGCUACAUGAACUGGCCUCAGCUACUAAUAUCUGGGGUUUCUUGACUUGCCUAAGUCCUGGCUAUCUUUCUGAACUACACUGCCUAUGUCAGUGGUACAAAAGGAACAUUAUGGUAGUGAAAACCAUUGUUGACAAGGCAGAGGAGACCAACUAAAAGAAAAAUGAAAAAUAUAUCUUGAAUAGGAAGAAGAUAGAAGAGAGAGAAUUUUAAAAAUUUAUUAUUUCCCUACAUUACACAUGGAUAAAGUGCUCAGUAUUCUUUAAAAAGCAGAUGCAAAUCUAUAAGGCUUUCUAUUCUUUACUAAGCAAAUUUAUGAAAGGGUAGAGUAUAAAUGAGAAAAUAAAAGCCAAAGUCAACUCAUAGGAUGACAAUCAGAUUUUCUAAUAUUAAAAAUGCAAAUUGAAACACCUUUGACCUAGUUCAUGCUAUUACAUUAGCAAAAAGAAUUCCAAAUUGUAUGUCUUCAUAUCAGUAGUAUUUGUUAUUGUAGGUUUUUAUAAGAAUUAUCUCAAUGACUGUAACAAGAGCUAUAUAACCAAUCUGUCUUUUGAUAGAUCUAACUCACUUUGAGUAGGAUAUGCCCAGGAAAAUAUUUAAAAGAAAAAUAAGCUCCUUGUACAGCAAUUCUGUUCAUAUGAGGUUUUUUUUUUUUAAAAAAAGGCCCAGUAGGGAAAUGGAUAAGUAAAUUUUGGUGUAUUGCUAGUGCUAUCAGACUGUUAUGUAAGCAUUAAGUAAUUUUAGUAUAUGUAAAACUGGAAGAAAUGUUUAAAUGAGACUCAAAAGUGUUAGAUUGUUGUAUUUAUUAAUUAUAUUUGUGUAAAAAUCUAGAUCUCUGUGUUGAAAAGAUUCAGAAUUAAAUAAUUAAUUGGAGUUUAACAAAAAGGGAUUAUUUUUUUCUGUAAAAUAUUGAUGUGUGCAAUAAAAAAAUAAAAGAUUAAUUGGUAAAGUGG